AUGCGACUCUCUCUCUCUCUCUCUCUCUCUCUCUCUCUCUCUCUCUCUCUCCAUCACCAUCAUAAUCCACUUCGGAAGCCUCCGCCACCAUCAUCUUUUAAUAUGUAUUUAUCAAUUUCAGUAUAUGUUCCAAACUAUCUGAAUUUCUUCAUAUCUAUCUAUCUAUCUAUCUAUCUAUCUAUCUAUCUAUCUAUCUAUCAGUCUAUUCAUAUUACUACUCUUAAUAUCUAUCUAUACCUAUCUGUUUCAGUCUGUUCCUAUCUAUUUCUGUUCAUCUAUCUAUCUAUCUAUCUAUCUAUCUAUCUCAGUCUGUUUAGUUCCAUCUCUGUCAUUUUCCGUAUCUAUCUAUCUAUCUAUCUAUCUAUCUAUCUAUCUAUCUAUCUAUCUCUGUUUUUCAAUCUGCCCGUUACAGUCUAUCAAUCCCGUUCGAUCUGUUCAUAUCUAUCUUUGGAUUUCAGUUUUGAUUUUCAUUAUUCAUCAAAAGACUGA